UGUGUUGCAUGAAUAAAACGUCAAAGUUGUAUCAAUAGAAAGCAACAUUAUUUCUUAACAUCAACGCUCUGUAUUCAGUGAGCAAAGAUAGUGCUAUAAACCACACACUUGAUAGCAUCAUGUCAGGUUUGGAGUCAUACGUGAAUAAUACCGUGUCGAUCAUAACUGCUGACGGCCGAAAUUUUGUUGGUACAAUGAAAGGAUUUGACCAAACUAUUAAUAUAAUCCUAGACGAAUCCCACGAACGAGUAUAUUCCAUGAAUGCCGGAAUAGAACAAGUUGUGCUUGGAUUGCAUAUAAUCAGAGGGGACAAUGUUGCGGUGAUUGGGCAAUUAGACGAGAGUAUUGAUAGUAAACUGGACUUUUCUUCUAUUCGCGGAAUGCCACUCGAACCGGUAGUUCACUAAUACAAAUAUUUUAAGUUGAGUGUAAACCAAUAAAAUAACUUGAAGCGAUUUAAAUAUGCUUUCGACAUAA